AUGAAUUGUAAUACACAAUGUUGUCCUGUUGACUGUAUUUACACCUGGGGUGCCUGGAGUGCAUGUACAGGCUGCGGGAAUUCUACGCAAUCGCGGUCCACAAAUAUUAUACGACAGAGCUCUUGCAACGGGACGGCUUGUCCUGCGAAGGAAACACAGUCCUGUUAUACUGGAGUAUGCUGUCCAGUUAAUUGCGUAACUGACAAUUGGUCAAGUUGGUCAGGCUGCAGUGCUGCGUGUGAACAGAACGGCAAACGGGUUCGAACACGUUCAGUCAUAACACAGUCUAGCUGCAAUGGUACUCCUUGCGGAACCCUCCGAGAAUCGAAGUCAUGUAGAGGACCCUGUUGUCCAAGAGACUGUCAGGUCACUAACUGGUCUAGUUGGGGGAAGUGUAUAGCUCCGAAGGGAAGGUGUUCUGUCAACAGUGGAACAGAGACAAGAUCUCGUAACGUCACUUCACAACCAAGCUGUGGUGGAAAACCCUGCCCAUCCUUAAGCCAGUCAAAAAGAUGCACACCUGUUCCCAUUCCCUGCAAGAUGAACUCAUGGAGUUCAUGGAGCCCUUGUACCCCACUGAAUGGCAAAUGUGGGCCAGGUACUCAGUACCAGACACGUAGUGUGGCGACUCAGCCUUACUGCAGCGUGGCGUGUCCGACAAGCAGGCAAACACGUUCGUGCAAGCACAGUUGUUGUCCUGUUGAUUGCGUGGUGUCGACGUGGACUGCAUGGAGUGCUUGUUCAACAACAUGCGGCACAGGUUCAAGGACUAGAACACGAAACAUAAAUACCCAGCCUUCUUGUGGUGGCAAAUCUUGCCCAGCACAGAAAGAAACAAAAUCUUGCUCUCAGUACAACAACCGUGACUGUGUAAUGUCCCUUUGGACAGCCUGGUCACUCUGCAGCAAUAGCUGUGGUAGCGGUACGUCCACUCGAACACGCACUAUCAAAACGACAGCGUUAUGCCGCGGAAAAGCAUGCGGAGCAAGAACAGAAAGUAAGCCGUGCACUGACUUCCGAGACAACAGGGACUGUGUGGUGAACUCUUGGGGUUCGUGGGGAGCCUGUAGUGAAAAGUGUGCUGUUGGAUCUAAACAAAGGACGAGGACUAUAAAGAUUACUAAAAGGUGUCAAGGUCGAGAUUGCCCGGCUCUACAGAAUACUACUCAGUGUGGAACUCCAAACAAUGGUUGCCUACACAAGUGCAGCAAUGGUGUAUGUUCAUGCAACAAUGGUUACUAUCUGGCCACGGAUAGGAAGAACUGUAUCGCUAAAGAUUGCAAGAUGCCAAAACCGUCAUACUGUGCCCCAGGUACAGCUCUCGGUAGCACUUGCAAGCAUGCCCUUGUCACGUGCCCAGGAAACAAGACCACUUAUUCUGUCACAUGCUCGCUAGGAUGUCCUAAAGAUUAUUCUAUAAAAGGAGCCUCUAAAGUCACGUGUCAGACAUCAGGGCAAUGGUCAACAUAUGCUACGUCUUAUUGCCGACGUAAUAAUGAUCCACCUUCUCAGAUUGUUCUUUCGGGAUCUGCAACCAUACAAGAGAACAAACCACGUGGAACAAAACUUGGAACGUUUUCUUCUGUGGAUUCUAACAAUAAAGACCAGCAUACCUACAGCAUUGUUAGUGGAGGGAGAGGAAAAUUUGAGCUGCGUGGAGCGGAUCUUUACACAUUGGUGGUGUUUGAUUACGAAUCGUUACCGAACCAGUUCACUCUAACAAUAAGAAGUACAGACAAUGGAAGUCCACCGAUGAAGCUCGAUAAAAUAUUUAAAAUAACUGUAGCUGAUGUGAACGAGAAACCGACGGCCAUUCAGUUGUCAGGCAACACCGUGGAUGAGAAUAGUGACGUAGACACAAUAUUAGGCGUGCUCAGUACCACUGACCUUGAUAACGGGCAGACAUACAGUUACAGUUUGUUGGACAGUGCUGGAGGAAGGUUUAAAAUUCAAGGGAACUUCGUGAAGGUUGGAAAGUCCAACAAGAACUGCAUGCUGAACGGUGGGUCCCAAUGUUUCUUAAACUACGAGAGCGUAUCCUCCUACUCCAUAGUUGUCCGUAGUGUCGACAGCGGCUCUCCAUCACUAUCGAUCAAUGCUUCAUUUAACAUCAGCGUAAAUGACGUCAACGACCAACCACGAGGUUUGCAGUUGUCCAAUUACAAAGUCAGUGAAAAUGCAUCUAUAAAUACCAUAGUGGGCAAUCUUUCCGCCACCGAUGAGGACGCAGGUCAAAAACUCAGUUUCUCCUUGGUUGAUGACGACAAUGGUAGAUUUGGUUUGGACAACAACGGUGGUAUCUACAAAGCCAAAUCUACUGAUUAUGAGACAAGCAAAGUGCACUAUAUCGUGGUGAACGUCACUGACAAUGGACAGCCACCGAAAGCGAUGACCAGGAAUUUUUCCAUUAUUGUGUUAGACGUCAACGAAGCCCCAGUCUCCAUCGAGCUUACUCGAACCAGCGUAUUGGAGAAUACGAGGCUUGGUACGGUCGUGGGCUCUCUGUCAGCAAAAGAUAAUGACGCUGUGCAAUUCCUGACUUUUAAGCUGGAUGAAGAUUCCGCUGGAAAAUUUUCCCUUCAAUCAAACGUGACUUGUCAAAAUUCUUCCUUAGGUGGGACAGUAUGUGCUACAAAUUUAUUGGUCAACGGUGAUAUAAACUAUGAAGAUACGUCGAGCUUGGACAUCAUCGUGCGCGUAACGGACGAAAAAGGGCUUUUUCACACCGAAAUGUUUAAUGUAACAGUGAUUAACGAGAAUGACCCACCCACGAAUGUAACACUGGAUGGCAGUGAUUCAGCUUCUGUGGCGGAGAAUAGCAUAAACGUUCAAAUUGACACUCUACUGACAGACGACGAGGAUCAGGGGCAGAGAUUUACGUAUGUGUUAUCAAGAAAUCCUGGCGGGAACUUUGAAAUUAGAGGUGAUAAACUUUUUGCUUCUAGAAACGCUACGCUGGACUUCGAGUCAUCUCCAAGCUACCAGAUAAAAGUGAUAUCAACUGACAACGGAAGUCCACCAAAAUCCAUUGAGGUAACUUUAGUAGUAAACCUUCAAGAUGUCAACGAAAAACCAACCGAUAUACAAUUGUCCAACAACAGCGUCCAAGAAAAUCGACUUGCUGGAGCGGUGAUUGGUCAGUUGUCUGUCAGGGAUCCUGACAGACAGCAAGGUCACGUGUGUAGCAUCACUGAUUCAGCCAAUGGAAAGGUAGGAAUAAACAAUAACAAGAUAACCGUCGGUAGUGCUGGCAUCGAUUACGAAGAAGCAAGCUCUUUCAACUUGACAGUUCUCUGUCGCGAUCCAGGUGGCCUGACGGUGGAAAAGUCGUUUGUCAUUCUUGUUCAAGACAUUAAUGAAGCGCCCACUAACAUUGCACUUUCAAACGAUAAAGUCCAGGAAAAUAAAAAAGGUGGCAUUACUGUGGCACAGCUCAAUGUCACCGAUCCAGAUAACGUCAAGGCACAAGUGCAAAGUGUUUCUUUCUCAAUUUUGUCCUCGAAUCCUAACCUACCGUUUCAAAUUCAAAACGACGCUCUUGUCACCACUCGAGGGCUCAACUUUGAAAACACUGCCCAGUGGACCUUCAGAAUAAAAGCAACGGAUGAUGGAAGACCGGUCUUAUCCCGAACACAGACCGUCACCAUCCAGGUUAUCGACGUAAAUGAUGCUCCCGAUGGAUUAACGCUUUCUAGCUCCUCUGUAAACGAAAACAGCGACAGUGACACACUAGUGGGGACAUUAACAGCCCUUGACCAAGACACGUCACAGAAUCACACAUUUCAGUUAUUGGACAGUGCCUCGGGAAGAUUUAAUGUCGAUGGUAACCAAAUAAAGGUGGCUGUUCGCAACACACAAUGUCUGAACUACGGAGGUUCUUCUUGUCUUUUGAACUACGAGGUACAAAAACGUUACGUGAUCAGAGUGAAAACAACAGACGAUGGAUCACCACCAUUAUCUUUUGAGAAGGACUUUGGUAUUGAUAUUCGUGAUGUCAAUGACAAGCCACGUGACCUACAGCUGUCCAGUAAUAAAGUAAAGGAGGACGCCAAGAAAAACACUUUGAUUGGCCGUUUUUCAUCGCGCGACGAAGAUGCAAAUCAAACGCUGACUUAUUCACUCAAGAAUGAUGAUAGUGGUCGCUUCAAGGUUGACUCCCUGGGAAACCUAUACAAAGCAAACGACACUGAUUAUGAGACUCAGACUAAACACACCAUAACUGCAGUUGUAACAGACAGCGGAAAUCCGUCCUUGAAGAUGGAAAAAUUGUUCACAAUUGAAGUUUUGAAUGUCAACGAAGCUCCGGUAAACAUAAACAUAACUUCUCAAGGAGGCCAGCUGUAUUUCCCAGAUGGGCAUCCGCAGGUUCGCGAAAACUCCCCCUUGGGAACAGUUAUUGGAAUGCUAGAGGCUUUAGAUCAUGAUGCAAACCAAACUCUGUCCUUUAAGCUCGAUGAUGAUGCCGGCGGAAAGUUUACAUUAGGGCCUUCGGCGAAUUGCCAGACGAUUACCAAUAUCUCAGGGGUAAACACAAAGUGCACCAUUGGUCUUCGAGUUAAUGGAGAUCUUGACUUUGAACUGUCCAAUGAGUAUCACGUGACAGUGCGCGUUACAGAUGCUAAAGGACUUUUUACAGCUGAGCAGCUUAGAAUUAGCAUCGUGGAUGAAAACGAUGCACCUGAAAAUAUCACUUUGGGCGGAAGCUACUCGGUCAGAGUGUACGAGAACGCGAAUGGGUCACUCGUCGGGCAACUGGUGACUAGUGACGAAGACGUUGCGCAGGCGCAUACGUAUAAACUGCUAGACGACGCCGCUGGUCGAUUUGUUAUUCUAAACGACAAGCUUUAUGUCUCAUUGGCGGCCAAAUUGGAUUUCGAAGGUCAAAAUAAUUUCACAGUAAAAGUAAGAAGUACAGACAGUGGAUCGCCGUCUCUAAGUGUGGAACAGGUUUUCGAAAUAAGCAUCCUGGAUGUGAACGAGGCCCCUGUCAAUAUUUCUCUCGCGCCUGCCAAUGUCACAGAGAACAGUCAACCUGGCACACGGAUUGGUCAAUUAACUGUCAGUGACCCUGAUAACUAUGGGCCACGUGGUACAUUGCAGACACACAGUUGCCAAGUAACCGGUAGCAAUAUUGGCAAGUUUACCAUCCAGUCAAACGUCCUCGCCCUAGGAGGUGCUAGUCUAGACUACGAACUAACACCGGUGACGCGUGUCCAGGUGAAGUGCACAGAUAACGGCUCCCCACCCUUGUCCCUUGUGAGGGAUUUGUCCAUUAAUGUGAAUGACGUCAAUGAGGCACCCACAAGCAUUUCCCUGUCGAGCGAUGCCAUAGAUGAAAAUCAACCACCAUUUUUGAUAGGAUUUUUCUCAACUGCUGAUCCGGAUAAUGCCAAUCAACCAACAAACCGGCAAACGUUUACCUACAAGCUCAUGGGCGAUACCGCUGGAUUUCCAUUCGUCAUUGACGGCGAUUCAUUGAAUUCUACACGAAGUCUGGACUAUGAGGCUCAGCGCUCUUGGAACAUCACAGUCCAGUCCGUCGAUAGUGGGAACCCACAGCUAAGCGUCGUAACAGAUUUUCUCAUCUCUGUUAUUGAUGUCAACGAAAGGCCAUUUAAUAUCACUUUGUCAAAUACUGUCGUCGAUGAAAAUUGCCCGCAGGAUACAGUUGUUGGUAACCUACUCUCCCUAGACCCAGAUCGCUCGCAGACCCACACGUACACUAUGGUAAACAGUGCGGGAGGUAGAUUCAAACUAGCUGGAAAGCAACUAAAAGUAGCCAUGUCUAAUGUGGACUGCCUUAAGAACGGAGGAGAUUUCUGCAAGUUGAAUUACGAGAAAAAGGGUUCGUACACGGUGAAGGUGCGCGUAACAGAUAACGGAAGCCCACGUCUGAGCAGUGAAGCAAGCAUGGUUAUUUCCUUGAAUGACAUCAAUGACCGACCAAAUGACUUCAGGCUGUCUAGUCGCACUGUGAAGGAAAAUGCAACAGUUGGUACAAAAAUUGGUCGGUUCACCGCCACGGACGAAGAUCAGUUCCAAACGCUAACUUUUUCGCUGCUUAACAGUGAUGGGGGAAGGUUUGCGAUUGACUCUACAGGUUAUUUGUUCAAAGCAAAGAAGACGGAUUAUGAGACGAGCAAGGCUCACAAGAUCGUUGCGCAGGUGACAGACAAUGGGACAGUGCCUUUAAACAACAACAAAACAUUCAUCGUCGUUGUUGAGAAUAUUAACGAGCCUCCCAUAAACAUGACGCUUACAUCAACAUCAGGACAACAGUCAUUCACUGACAACAAGCCUAGAGUCAACGAAAAUUCAGCAGCCAACGCGACAGUGGGGACACUUCAAGCUUUUGAUCAUGACGAGGUGCAAAGCUUAACGUUCUCUUUAGACGACGACGCCAAUGGUAAAUUUACCGCGGGCUCGCAUGUCACAUGUCACAACAACACCAACAUUCCCGGCGUGAAAACGAUGUGCACCGCACUAUUGCAAGUCAGCGGUGAUCUCAACUAUGAGGCAAGCCACAGUGAAGACAUUGUGGUGCGUGUGACUGAUCCCAGCGGUUUAUUCCACAUUCAGCCAUUGCAGGUGGUGAUUUUAGAUGUUAAUGACCGACCUAGCAAUAUCACUCUCGCAGGGGGUGAUACGGCAUCUAUCAACGAAAACGUGAAUGGUGGUUAUGUGGGUGAUCUUGUAGCCACAGAUGAAGAUUUUAACCAAACUCAUAGGUACACUUGGAUAAAUAAUGGUGGAUGGAAAUUUCGCCUCAGAAGCAACAAGAUUUACGCUUCAUCAUACGCAAACUUGGAUUACGAAGCAAAGUCGACCUACAUUAUUCGGGUUCGAAGCACAGAUGAUGGCAGCCCAAGGUUGAACAUUGACAAGACCUUUACAGUAAAGGUUCUUGAUGUCAACGAACGACCAACAGAUAUUUUACUAUCGUCGAGAAAUGUCUUAGAAAAUAGCCACAAGGGUACAGUGGUCGGCAACAUAUCUGUUUUAGACCCUGACGAUAUGGGACCUCGAGGACCCUGGCAAAAUCACUCCUGUAGAGUACUAAACCCUUCCAGUACUCCUUUUAAGGUGAACGGAACAGACAACAUUUUAGUUGUUGACGGAGAUUUGAACUACGAAAAAUUAGACAGUUACAGCAUCGAUAUUCGAUGCCAUGACAACGCAAAUCCUCCUUUAUCUGUCGAUAAAAACUUCAAGAUAAAUGUAAUCGAUGUGAACGAGAAACCCUAUGACAUUACCAUCUCUAAUAACGAGGUUGCCGAGAAUACAGGGAUUGUCACUGUUGGAAGUCUUGAUACCGCUGACCCAGACAAUGAGCUGAUUGUGGUGCAAACGUUUACUUAUACUAUCGACGCUGCCUCUGGAAGUGUUCCUUUUGCCGCUGUCCACGGCCUACUUAACACCACGCGCAGUUUGGAUUACGAGGCAAAUUCGACUUGGUCGCUGACUAUCAAAUCUACGGAUAACGAAGGCCUCACCACAACGAAGAACUUUUCGAUCAUCGUCAAAGACACAAAUGAUCCACCCACGGGUGUUUCAGCCAGCGGUCCACUUAGCGUCAAUGAAAACAGCCAAACUGGAGAGUAUAUAGGAAGUUUGACGACCUCUGACCAGGAUGUUGGACAGACGCACCAAUAUCAAAUACUUAAUGUGUUUGCACAGGGACACAGGAAUCAAAGUAGUUCGUCAAAUCUUCAUAAUUUGUUUUCUAUUGAGUCGCCCUCUGGCCGAAUUACACUUCAAAAGCCAGGGCUUGAUUACGAGCUGUAUGCCAACUACACAGUGACAGUGAACAGUACAGACAGCGGUUUUCCGCCGUACUCCAUUUUAGCCUCGUUUGUCGUCAGCGUUAACAACACAAAUGAACAGCCACAGAGCAUUUUCCUGUCUGGAAACCAGGUACCUGAAAAUAGCCCGGUGGAUACAGUGGUUGGCGACUUAUCAAUAUAUGACCCGGAUAACAUUCACCUUCCUCUGCAAAAGUUUCAAUGUUCAGUGGUAAAUGAUAAACCAUUCAAGGUUGUAAAUCAUUUGACUUUGGUUGUUUCUAAAAACACGCUGGAUUAUGAAACAGUAGACACAUACACAGUGAACGUCAAUUGUACAGAGCUGUUACCAAAUCCCUUCUCCGUCUCUUCACUGUUUGUGAUUAACAUCCAAGAUGUAAACGAGGCUCCGUAUAAUCUGACCAUCUCCGCCAAUAAAUUGAACGAGAACGGACCUCCUGGGGUUGUCGUGGGAACACUCAGUGUUCAUGAUCCUGAUUUACCGUCGAGUGGGAGAGCCAAUGUAUCACUAGCUCUAAAAUACCAGACACCAGGCCCGGUGGCGUUCACAUUAAAUGGCAGUAGACUGGUAACUACCAGAAAACUGAAUUUUGAAACUCAAGAUUCCUACAAAGUGACAGUUGUUGCAACAGACAGCGGUAACCCACCACUCAAUACCAGUCUCACUUUUACAAUUCAGGUGAUUGAUGUAAAUGACCCGCCCACUGCAGUCAAGCUAGUGUCAAAUGGUAUCUACGAAAAUGCCACCGCUGGUACUAUCGUCGGAGUAUUGCAGGCUACAGACCAAGAUGCAGAUCAAAGUCAUACUUUUGUGGUUACUGGUUAUGGUUCAGAUUGGUUCUUUGUUAAUGGAAGCAGCCUGCGGCUCAAAGGCACACCACUGAAUUACGAAACCACACCUGUGAUGAAUAUAACUAUCCUUGUUCUAGACAAUGGCUCCCCUCCCCUUUCAUAUAAGGGAAACGUGAGUGUCAUGGUGCUUGACAGCAACGAUCGACCAUCAGAUAUUAUCUUUAACUCGUCCCUCUCAGUAACCGAUAGCACUUCGUACCAGAUCGUCAUACCCGAGAACAGCCCGAGUGGAACUUCGCUUAUGAACUUAAGUGUCGUUGACGAGGACUUUGGUCAACAACACAGUUGUGAACUUGUCGCAGGGAGGAAUUAUUUCAUUAUAAGUUCUGCAUCUAAAUCGACGUCUGAAAUAACUCUGAAGGAAGGCGCUGAUUUAAAUUACGAAACUCUUUUGGAUACUCUACUAAAAGUAUCGGUUGAGUGCCGAGAUGAUGGAAGUCCCCCAUACUCGAUACAAAAGAACUUUAGUGUUCAAGUAUCUGACGUGAACGAAGCACCAUACGAUAUCCGUUUAAAUGGUUCCACUGUGGUAGAAGAGAACGUGCGUGUUGGUUACGCUGUGGGAUAUUUAACAUGUGAGGACCCGGAUAUAGGUCAAAGUCACAUGUUUACUGUCAUCGGGAAUUACUCGUCCGUCUUCGAGGUAAAUAACAGUUACAACCUGGUUGUCAAAGACCCCUCACACCUGGACUACGAGAAUCUUCAUCCAAAUUUGGUCCUUACCGUCGCUAUUCAAGUGACAGAUAACCCUGUGAAAGGAACAGGAGCUCCUCUGAAAGCCAUUGGUAACGUCACCAUUAGCAUAACGGACAUCAACGAGGCACCUCAUGACAUCCGACUUGUUCCCGCUAAUGUAACAGUCCCUGAAAAUGUUUCAGUCGGUUACUGUCUUGCGCAGAUAGCAUCACGAAACCCCGAGAAAUUGCAAACCGUAGUAUAUACCCUCCUCAACUACCAAAGUAUGCUUUCAAUUGAAGAUGUUUGCAAGGAUAACUCUUCCUCUGCUGGCCAUCAAGAUGACGGUUUACCUUAUCUGAUUGUGAAGUCGCAUCUAAGUUACAAUGAUUACGUAGUACAAGGUUAUCAAAUUCUUAUAGAAGCUGAAGACAACGGAAUUCCUCCACAAACGUUCAACGAGACGGUUCAAAUUCACGUGACUAAAAUUGACCCAUGUCCCCAGGCCACUUGUCACGUGGACGCCACGUGCAGCCGCGUUGAUUGGCAGAAUUACACUUGCGCUUGCAAUGCGGGCUACUCAGGAAACGGCUUCAACUGCCAGGAAAUAGACGAGUGUAACAUCACUUGCACGGAAGUAGAUGAGUGUAUUGCCAACCCGUGUAGCAACGGUGGCACGUGCCACGAUUUCGUGAAUUACUACAACUGCACGUGUCCCAGUGGAUAUAACAAUGGUACAGACUGCACAUUUAUAAAUUUUUGUAGUUCAAGCCCGUGUAUGAAUGAUGCGACUUGUAACCCCGUCCUGAAUGGAUACAACUGCCUUUGUCCGUGUGGUUUUACAGGAAAACAUUGUGAAACGAAUAUCGAUGAGUGCGUGGAUCCUAAAAAGUGCUUUGAGGGAAGUUGUACUGAUAAAAAUUGCAGCUUUAUCUGUAAAUGCGAACCCCAGUUUUUCGGUCCUCAAUGUCGAAGGAUGGAGGGUGAAUGUACAGAAAAACAAUGCGGGGAACAAGAAAUCUGCAUACCACGAAACGUAGAAAGGUACAACACGACAUUUUGCGUUUCUGCCGGUGCUCUUGUGUCGUUACCAUUUCCAGAAGACGAGAUUUCCAACCCGUAUAAACAUUAUCAGUUAGAACGUUGGUUCUUUGAAAAUGAAAAACAGUUUCCGCUGAGCGAAAUUACGAAUAACGAUGAUGAUUCAGACAUGGUAAGUGUAACAGACGUUUAUGUCAGACAACCGAGCUGGGAACAUCCGUCAAAAGCAAAAAGAAGCUUAUCUGAAGAAAACCUCCCUACGUUAGAUUUUGUUGUGCUCGUUUACUUGCAAGAACAGGAAAAAUAUAUGGGUGUUCCGUCGAAAACAGUCCUGUGCAACAUUAACAAAACAUGCGUCACGCACAGCUACACCAAAACUGAAACAAAGGCUGAUUUUGAAUACGGGCUUUGCAUUGCAACGGCUUGGGAGGUAAAGAAAAGGGAUACUGAAUGGUGCGUUUCUAAAGAAGCCAAGGAAAGGCCUCUCAAACGUUUGUCACCCAAACCGAAGAUGAAUUUAUACUACGUGAUCGCUGGGAUUGGAGGUAUCUUGCUGAUUGUUCUUAUCACAGGGCUCACCCUCUGCAGAAGAAACACCUUGAUUGCUCGAGAGCGCAAGUUUAUGAAACAUCAACGGUUUACGGAGAGAAGAGAUACUUACAUCGACAACAUGCACAGGCAUCAAAGGGCUAACCAAGAAAUGGAGGCCUUAGGAACUGUGAACCUGAUUUACGGAAAUGAGGAGCAGGAAGUUACACGGCGGGAAGUUGCACGGCAAAUAAAUGUGAUGGACAAUCCACUCUAUGAGGCUCCAGGCGAAAUCAAAGCCAAGCGUUCGGAACCUUCCCGUGGCUUUAACAAUCCAAUGUACGUAAGUUUCCAACCGCCACAGCCGGAUGAAAAGAAAACCGUGCGAGAGGAGGAAGCUGAGGAAGCCUGUGCUGCUGUAGGUUUUGCGAAUCCCAUGUUUGCUUCGCACAGACAGGAAAAGAAGACAUUGGAACAGAAACAAGACGACAGCGGCAUAUACGCAGUGCCAGUCCAACCAGACAAGCCAGCUAAGCGGGAAAGAAAAACGCCGAUAUAUGACACUCCCACGAAACCAACCCAACCGGUUAACGAAGAACCUGUAGUUAGCGGAGGGCCUGGGUUCUUUAACCCUUUGUACCAGACCCGCAAGGAGGUGGAGGAAUUUCCCUCUGAUAUAACCAGCAUAUUUGCUCCCCCCAGCAAGCCAACAGGGCGAACUCUUGACGAUGACCUGGGGCAGAGUGACUGUUAAAACAUCUGAGAAGGGAUAUAUUUUUUUUUCUUCCUUGAGGGUUAAAAAUUGACAAACUUUUCAAAUACCCCCAAUGAAACGUUCUUUUUUUUUAUUUCAGUUUUUUCUUUUUGGAGAAAAAAGGCAAUUUAUUGAUCCUCAGCUUCAAAUAGAUUCAUUUAGUGUUUUAACAUUUGCGAUUGCUUUUUGUUUUUUCCAUCUACUUCUCUGUCUCUCAAGGAGUGCGAGAAGGAAACACAGAGAUCAUUAUUCAACCCGUCUUCAAUUUCCAUCUCUUAAUAAACUAAGUUUUUAACGUGUGGUUACUGGGGAAAUGUUUUCCGUACUUACAUCUCCUCAGUGUAAUCACACCAAUCCAUCAAUUGACCAUUUAGAUUUGUUAGGUAUUCAGCGUCACACAACACCAAGUAGCUAGUAAUUUUGCGUGACAUGGAAAGGAGUUAAUCUCGGUAGGACACUUUUUGGGAUUUCACUUACCUAAAGAGAUAUUAUAUUACAAAAGUUUGUCAUUUUGAACCCGUUUUAAUCCUCUGCAAUUUAAAAUCUUUCUUACUUUGCCAUCACCCUAUAUUUGUACUCGUAAGCUACUAGUAACAUUUUGUAGUUUCCUUUAAAGUUAAAAUAUGUUUCGAAAAAUUUACAAAAAUUCUCCGUUAACCUUUGCACUGCCUGGGGUGAUCUUACUUCUAUAUUCUCCCAAAAGUUUUAAAACUUUUUGAAGCAGACAGGUAAGGAGAACUUAGACAAUUACAUUAAGAAUAUUGUCUCGAUGUAACUCCAAACACUCACAAACAGCCAACAAGAAAUACGUACAAUAACUUGUUUGGAGAAUUGGCAUUCAGACCUCGGGAGUGAAGGGGUUAACGAGUGAAUGAGGUUUCAAGCUUUGGAAGAUUCAUAGAGUUCGAAUGGAAAUGCUAAGAGAUUUUUCCAACCAGAUCCGAAAAGGGGAAGAGAUAUAGAGAGUGACUGCAGUCCUCGUAUAUCAAAGUUUGGCCUAUCAAGUCCAUCUUUUGAUAGUGAAAUGUACACGAUCGGUUCAUUUUCAAAGAUCAGUCCACUUCAUUUUAUAAAUGUAGCCAUGAAAAUCACUUUUGACUCCCUCUGAAAUAUCAGAUGGGUUUUUUUUUUCGGCGUUGUCAAUAGCAUUGCAUUGGUCAAUUAACAUAACCAUUCGUCAAUUGUCACGACUGAUUUACAAUGCCAGUAUUUUUUCACUUGUUUUCCAAAUUUCAAUUUCAAUCAUUAUUUCCAAUUCAUUCACUUUCAUGACGACCCUCUUUUGAAAGGGAAUAGUGAAUGCAAUUUGAAUCAUUUUCGAGAAAUUUAAUUACAAUAAUUUUAGAGAGACACCCGUCCUCUCAAACUUAAUUCAAUGGAAAUUCAAAGUUAUUACAAGAAUUUAAAUUUUGGGUUUUAAUCAAAUGCCUGUUCUUUAUUGAUUAUUGAUAAAUGUCCAUAUAUUGAUUUCGUAAUGCUUUGCAAGUUAUCUUGACAUUUCAGAUAACGAAUUGUACUUGUUAUUUCUUAUUCCUCAUUUUAUCAGUGCUGAAGAAUAAUCGUGAAAAUAUCAAUCAUACUUUAGAGAGACAUUCGUCAACUUUAAAUUAAUUGGUUGAGAAUUUGAUUGAUUGAGAAUUUGAUUAUUUCAUUUUUAUCAAAUUGAUUUGAGGCAGUACGAAAAUAUCUCUAAAAAAUAUAUAUCCAAUCCAAGACCCAAUUUGUUUUGAUUCGUUACGUAUUAAUAUGUUUAGUCAUUAAGUUUUUUUUUAAUAGAGCAAAUAGCGUGAAUAAUUUCACACUGAAUUAUUUUCCAUGCAGUUGAAAUCUACUGUAGCUCUGUGAACGAAAUACCGCGCUUUAAUAAAAAAAACUUGGGAUCAAAAUA